UUUCGGGACUCGGGCCCCCGCAGGCGUCAAUCGCAAUCUUGCCAGUGUCGAUCGCGGACGUGGCGUUCGGACGCUUGUGCUCUCCCCAUUUUUGUGCAAUAUCUAUCGUGGUGUUGUUGUUGUUGUUGUUGUUGCUACUGUUGUUGCGCUAAAAGGGACGGGGUGGGUGUAGGGCAGAGUGUUUUGUUGUUUGUUGCUAAACGUGUGUGUGUGUGUGAGCGCGCGCGGCCGCGCUUGAUCGAGCGGAACGAUGGUCGAACGAAAUCUGGUGAAUGUGCUGCUGCUGGGCGGUGGCUUCAUGCUGAUCUUUACCUCCUUUCAAACGCUCGGCAACAUUGAGCAAACCAUCAUCGACAGCAUCAAGAAAGAUCUGCCCUCGUUCACUGGCGACGGAUACACCAGCCUGGCCAUUAUCUAUGCUGCCCUCUCUUUAUCAAACUGGGUCACGCCGUCGGUCCUGUCCGCCAUCGGGCCCCGGCUGGCGAUGGUCAUCGGAGCUAUCACCUACUGCCUGUUCAUGGCGAGCUUCUUCGUGCCGCACGUCGCCCUACUGUACGGGUGCAGCGUCGUGCUGGGCGCUGGCGCCGCCCUCAUCUGGACCGGCCAGGGCAUGUACCUGUCCCAGUGCAGUUCCGGCGACACGAUCUCGCGCAAUUCCGGCAUCUUCUGGGCGAUGCUGCAGAUGAGCAUGUUCUUUGGCAAUCUGCUCGUGUUCUUCACCUUCCAGGGCAAGACGCACAUAGACGAGACGACCCGAAGCAUCGUGUUCGCGGUGCUGAUCGCGGUGGGCAUCGUCGGGCUAGUGUUUCUGACCUGUCUGCGCCGGCCCUCCGCCAGCGGGGACGCGCCGGUCGAGCUGAGCCACAGCGUUGAACCGCGCCAAGCCUUCCUGAACGCGAUCCGCCUGUUCCAGACGCCCCGCAUGAUACUGCUGAGCAUUACGUUCGUGUACACGGGCCUUUCGCUUUCCUUCUUCAGCGGCGUGUACGGGUCGAGCAUCGGGUUCACGAACGCGAUCGGCACCUCGGCCAAGCAGUACGUGGGGCUGAACGGGGUGUUCAUCGGGGUGGGCGAGGUGCUCGGCGGCGUGGCGUUCGGGCUGCUCGGGACGCGCACCACGACCCGCUGGGGCCGGGACCCGAUCGUGAUUGCCGGCGGCGUACUGCACAUGGCCGCCUACUUCCUGAUCUACCUGAACCUGCCGAACGCGGCCCCGUUCGGCAACACGGACGCGCUGUCCUACAUCCAGCCGCCCAGUGCGCUCGUCGCGAUGGGCUGCUCCUUCCUGCUCGGGCUCGGCGACGCCUGCUUCAACACCCAGUGCUACUCGAUGCUGGGCGGCGUGUUCAAGAGCCAGCCGGCCGAAGCGUUCUCCAUCUUUAAGUUUACACAGUCGGUGGCUGCUGCCGCCAGCUUCGUCUACUCCUCGUACUGCGGGCUGCACGUGCAGCUGCUCAUACUGGUCGUGCUAGGCAUCAUCGGCACGAUCACGUUCUGCGUGGUGGAGUUCGCUGUAAAGCGGGAGCGGCCGACGUUGGAGCGGGAUUACGAGAAGUAAAAAAAAAAAAACGAAAACGGUACGGAACGGUGAGCAACGAGCGAGCAGGCAACGAGCAGGGCGCCAUGGCUUACCGAUCCUUGGCCGGCAAAGGAUGCAGCGAGCGGUCCGUGUUGGGAAAGUGUUGGAUCUUCUUGCCGAAGCGCCCGUUCGCCGGCACGAUGCCCCCGAAGUACACUGGACUGUCCGCUGGAGGGCCCGGAAAAGGAAAGGGAUAGAAUGUGUUUGUGUGUAUAUCAGCUUUGUUUCAUUAGAGCGCUAAGUUAGAUAGUUAAGUGAUCCUGCCUCCACUUUUGGGAAGGUUUAUACAUUGCGCAAGCGAAACGCAGACCGGCUGUUGAAACGAUGUAAA